UGUAUCUUGGUACUGUGUCAGUUUCUUUUUACUUGCCCCUUUUUGGGACAGUUUAUUUGCUGUGUUUGGUGUAGGCUCCUAGACUCAGUUUGGGCUGGGUUUUUUUUGUCCACCCCUGGUUUAUCCUUCUCUUUUUUCAGUUUUUUCUUUACCCUCAUUUAUUUUUUGCCUUCUUAGAGGUGUCCCGCUCUCCCCCCUUUACCGGGUUUUUCACCCCUAUCUUGUACGUUAUCCUGUACUGUCUCAGGUAUCUCACGCCAUCCUUUCUGUAUUCCGCCCGAGAUCUCGCGAUAGGCGGGAAUUCAGGCGCCAUCUUAGUUUCCCUCCUACAACUUCGCUGACAUCGCGUGUGUUCGCGCGCUUUGUCGGCUCCUCCCCCGUCAUCUCGCGGGAUUCUCGCCGCCAUUUCUGCCGGGCACCUCCGUUCACACUGCCUGUCCCUGCGCUCGGCUGCAUCUGCGCCUGUUCGUCCAUUUCUGCUUUCCGGUGAGUUUUUCUUCCUCCUACCUUGGCGUUUUUAGAGCAGAUUACUAGGGCUCCCUCCCCUUACUUUGUGUUUUUUUUUCUUUUCCUUCCUCAGAUUCAGCACUCUGUGUUUUGGUGGUGUGGGGUGAUAUACUCCCUCCUCCUCUUCUCAAGAUGUCUGUUACUAGCACUCCUGCGGUCCCUACUCAGGACAAUCCUACUCCUGUUGUUACAGAGUAGUAGUUAUUCCACCUCCUGAGGACCAUGCCACUCUGCUGCAGCAGUCCAUCUCCAAUGCCAUCAUAUCGGCUAUGGGUUCCAUGACUCCUGCUAUUUCCCAGUCCAUCUCCCAGGCGCUUGGCGCUCUCCCAGGUCCCUCAUAUCAAGCACCGGCUUUAGCGCAGAGUACACUGCCACCUACCUCCAGAACAAACUUGACAGAUGGCUUAGCUCCAUCACUUGAGCACGUGGAUAUACCGCGUAAAAGAGCCUGCCCACGCCAGGCGGAAAAAUCGCGUGCGUGGAAGACGGCCAGGAUGUUGCCUGAGCCCGUGAAUGACUCUGAGGGAGAGUCUAUAGAGGAGGCACAUGAAGAGUCCUUGGGCGACUCAGUGGAUGAAUUGGCAGAUGUGGCGCUUGAUCCUUCUGGGUCGGGACAGAUUCCCUUAGCCACUAGACCCACACCCACCCCUUCAGAGAGACAGCCAGAUGACCUGUUGAUAGAUUCGUUGGGGGAGCCUCUGUUUAACCCGGACGAACUCCACCACCCUCGUUCCGCGGAAUGGCUGCCCGCCACUCUGGUGGCCCAAUACUUAGAGGCCAAAAUACGCACUCCCCUCUCCAGAGAGUCGCGCAACAAAUUACGCGCUGAAUGUCCUCGUCCCAUUAUACCCCAUAAGAUUUGUGAAACGCCCUCUGUCGAUCCAAAGAUGGUCCAAUUUCUAGCCAAGACAGGUUUCAAUCCUAAGAAAGGGCUAGAUUCGGCUCUAAAGGCGGUACAAGAUAAACUGUUGGACAUCACUGGUCCAUUGGCGAAAAUAUUCGACUUGGCAGAGACCGCUAAAGCUGAGGGCAAGCUGGUUGACCCUGUAGAGCUGGGUGGAUGGAUUCAAAGAGCCAUCUGCAUUACGGGAAAUGUUAACACCUCCCUAGCCAUAGAAAGGCGCAAGGCGAUUCUAAUGAAGGUGGAGCCAAAAUUGUCCAACCUGGCACUGUCUGAGGCGGGCAAAGAGGCCCAGGGCCUGCUCUUCGGUGAACCUUUCAUUAAGGAGCUAGGCAGAUAUGUGGGCGCCUUUACAGCGCUAGACAAAGCGCAGUCCUCAAUGAAGAGGGUUUUCAAUAACCGUUUCUCUAAUAGGGCCGGCAGUUCCAGGGGCCGACUGUCCGGCCGUUCCUACUCCCAUUCCCGAGGUACGGGAAGAGGCUCCUACACAUACAGAUCGUCCCUACAGGAUCAGACACCAGCCCUCCUUUUUUCCUUCGAGAGGCGCUCCCGGCCGAUCCAGAGGCUUUAGGGGUAGCCCCAGCUCCAGACGACCAAUGGGUUGAGCGGCUUUCGUGGUGCAGAUCGUGCUCAAGGUUCCAGGGGAGUUUUGCCUGGUCGUUAGUUCAAGUUACCAUCUUCCGUUGAAGAUCUCAGCUGUCAGGAGUUCCGGUUCCAGGUCACAGUUGGCGGUUGGGAGUUACGUUCGUUCCGGUGGUCUUCGCAAAGAAAGAGGAGGA